AUGUACUACAAUUUACUUGAUGAAAAGGAUAUGCUUUUGGCAAGCAAAACAAACACUGAUAUUCAAUUCAAUGAUAAAUACAAUGGGCUUAAUAAAUUGAGUGGAAAUGAAUUUGAAGCAAAUGAACUCAACAAAACGACGGUUUGGAGGGAAAAAGACCGAGUCGUUUCAAUGACUCAAAGUAAUCCCAAGGAGUUAGUAGUGAUCUCUCGCAAUGAGAAUGGAAAAGAUGUGUAUUUUUUUGAAUCAAAGAAUAGAGCAACGCACAUCACUGAUUUGGAAUUUUCCGUGCCACAAAUUACAUAUUUACAAAACACAGUGAAAGACCCGCAAUCCGUGACUACUUUUAUUACACAAAAUGAACAAAAUGAGACUGCAGAAAAUACCAAUCUGUUGCAACUUAAUAUGACUCAAAGAAUCACGGAACUCCAUACAAAACUCUUAGAGAAACAAAAGAACACCAAAGACUUGAAUUAUAAAAACGACUGGAAGACAACUCUGUUCAGUUCUCAGUUUUUAAAAGCCCCACAACUCUUCGUCAUGAAGGACUCUUCCUUCAUCAAUACGUUAAGUCAGAACGUCGCGAGUAAAGUGAAGCGUCGGAUUUAUAUCCGAGUCGUCGAGGAUGAGCUCAAUGAAAGCAAUUUAAGAGGCGAUGGUGUUUAUGAGAAAACACUGAAUGUGGUAUUCAAGAAAGAAGGAAAUGCCUUUGUGGGAAGACACAGAAGAGACGUUUGCGAAUUUGUGUAUUACACCGGAGAACCAAAGCCAGAAAGUCAAGGCGUUAUAUUUAUUGAAUGCGACCUACCAAAGGAAAAACAGAAGGAGGAGUACAUCGCCGUGAUCAAAAGCGUCGACUGGGAGACGCGGAAAAUUCAAAUUAUCAGUAACAACAAAAAAGAACACGAAAAUUUCAGAAGAUAUAACGCCGUUCGUUCCGUCGUCGAAAGUGAAAUGAUAAGAUUGAUGGCACGAAACGCACCGGGCGUCUUUCUGUCUUUGAAAAGUGACGACGUUUUGAUGAAUGAAAAAAUUGAUAACGAAAUCUCGGAGAAUUGGUCGGAACAAAUUGUGAUGGGAAAGU